CUUCACUGUGGUUCUUUUCACUAUCCUUUUGCGCAUCUCCAGCCGCGGCUCUCUUUGCUAUCCGAUUUUCGGGAGGGAAGAUAGUCAAUACACACCCUGAAAAGAUAUCAGGACUAUGAUCCGGGUGCGGUGUCUGCGUGGAGGUAGCAGAGGUGCCGAGUCUGCCCAUUUCCUAGGAGCUAUGAUCGGCAAAGCUGUUACAAGUUGGGUGCAGAAAGCUUUCCGAAGCACUCAGGCUGCUGCUGCUGACCAGAGUUCCUUUGCUGCAGAUGAUGAUCUGAAAAAGAUCCCUGAUUCUGUGCACCAAGAAUGUCCUGUCUGCUCCUACAAUGAAUGGGACACUUUGGAAGAAGUGAUCGUUGGGAGACCAGAGAAUGCUUGCGUGCCCCCUUUUACGGUGGAAGUAAAGGCCAACACAUACGAGCAACACUGGGCCUUUUACCAGCAAUAUGGAGGCCAGAGUUUCCCCACAGAACAUGUGAAGAAAGCCAUUGCUGAGAUCGAAGGGAUGUGUGACAUACUGCGAGCAGAGGGGGUUACUGUCCAACGACCCGAUAUUGUUGACUGGUCUGCUAAGUACAAUACACCGGAUUUUGAAUCCACUGGGAUGUACGCCUCAAUGCCAAGGGAUAUUUUGCUGGUAGUUGGGAAUGAGAUCAUUGAAGCUCCCAUGGCUUGGCGGGCUCGCUUUUUUGAAUACAGAGCAUACCGGUCACUCAUAAAGGAUUAUUUUCGGCGUGGGGCGAGGUGGACAACUGCUCCCAAGCCACAAAUGUCAGACAGGCUGUAUGACCUGGAUUAUCCCAUUGUGUCUGUGAAAGAAAGACACAAGCUCGCGGCACAGGGCAAGUUUGUAACCACUGAAUUCGAACCGUGCUUUGAUGCUGCUGAUUUCAUCAGGGCAGGGAAGGACAUAUUUGUGCAACGGAGCCAGGUGACUAAUUUAAUGGGAAUCGAAUGGAUGCGUAGACACCUGGCUCCGACUUACAGAAUCCACACCAUUUCCUUCCAGGAUCCCAACCCAAUGCACAUUGAUGCUACCUUCAAUAUCAUUGGACCCGGGUUGGUUCUUUCUAAUCCAGACCGCCCCUGUCACCAAAUUGAUUUCUUCAAAAAAGCUGGAUGGACUAUCGUCCAACCUCCAACUCCUCUGAUUCCAGAUGACCAUCCUUUGUGGAUGUCUUCCAAAUGGCUUUCCAUGAACGUCUUGAUGUUAGAUGAGAAACGAGUAAUGGUUGACUCUAAUGAGACUACGAUUCAGAAAAUGUUUGAGAAACUCGGAAUUGAAACAGUGAAAGUCAACAUCCGUUACGCCAAUUCAAUGGGUGGUGGCUUCCAUUGCUGGACGAGUGACAUCCGUCGUCGUGGUACCCUACAGUCGUACUUUGACUGAGGGAGGCAAGUCUUUGUGAGGUUCCAAGGGUUGGACACACAAGCGAGCGAUUUACUACAAAAUCCAACACAUGCAUGAAAUUGGGUUUUCUUUGAAGAGUGCAGCUUUCUUAAGAAGGUUCGGGCAGAGGUUUCCCCGCACAGUCCCACCACUCUCCCUCCCUUCCAUCCCCUCCUCCGCUUCGGAAAUAGGUUAAACGUCAAUCAUGCAGCUGCAUCAAAGGUCCUCUGGCUAUCUUCCAAACAUUUCCUUCUUCCUGAAACUGGGAAUUUUUUUAUUCUUAAAAGUGAACGUGAUGAAUUCUUUCAGAGUAAAUGACUAGGCCUGAUCCUAGUUGAAGAGUUUCUAUUGUCAUUUUCUAAAUAAUGAGCUAUUGGAAAUCCAGCCACACUCCACAUUGGGUUUACCAGAGGACCAUGUUUUAUUGGAUGGGAAUAAUCAUUUAAAUGUGAUGUCCAUUGUUUUUCUGUCUGUGAUUUUAUUUGCCAGUUUCCUUAGGGUCUCAGUGAUUCACAAUGUUGAAGAUCCCAAAUUGGUGAGAGUUUAUUCUACACAGUCAGCCAUUUCCCAUACAUACAUACAUACAUUUCUAGAAUGAAUAUCUUUGCAGUUUUUUUUAAUUACAUCUGUUUUUAAAUCUUAAAGUGGUGUUUACAGGUUUCAUUCAAACACUGGGGGUUAGUGUGAGGUGGCGCUCACCAAAAUAUUACUCCAAUCAGGUGAAAAGUUCCUCAAUGGACAAUCACCUUUUCUAAACUGACUCAUUAACACAUUCACAUUUAGGUGAUGUAGUUAACCAGCAGAGAUUCUUGAGAUAAAUAAACUGGUGUAUGUAAUUUGGUGCUCCUCUACACACACACUCCCUGGGAACAGAUACAAUGAUACUUUGGCUGAAUGAAACCAUCACAAACAUGUGUUUUUUUUAAAAAAGUUUUAACGUGGGAAUAAUUCAAUAGUUUAUUUUUAGUUGUUACAGGGAUGUACUUACUGGUGGCAUGCGAUUUAUUGUUUACUCUUUUAUUCUUUGCUAAUAAAUAAAACUGGUCUUGCAAAUUA